AUGUCGGAUCAAUUUUCGAACGCACCAGAAGACGAUACCGCACCGGACGCUCCAGCUUUAUCCGCAUCCACCACACCAAACCCAUCUCAACCCCAGCCCAACCUACGAGAUCCGUCCGGGAACCAGAAGUACAUUGACGAUCCGGAUCUAGCCUGGUCUGAAGAGGAGGAAGAGGAUGAUUACGAGAGCGA